GCCCGCCGCGCGGCAUGUGCAGCUGACACCACGCCCGCGUACUCCACCCGAUCCCGAGCCGGCGACCCCCGUGCCCGGAACACUCCGCCGCACCACACACCCGCAGGAUGAUCCCGCGACGCAAACACAACGCGUCGUCGGGCUCGCUGCCCGCGCCCGACGACAAGCACGCCAGCAACGACUACAUCAUAUCAGACGGCACGCCGCGCGAGGGCUGGCGCUGUGCCCUGCGACGACGCAUCAACAGGAAGACUCUUCAUAAACGACUGCCCAUAACUGCUUGGCUGCCCCAGUACAACACGGAGAAGGCUGUGGGCGACCUGAUCGCGGGCAUCACCGUGGGCCUGACGGUGAUACCGCAGUCGCUGGCGUACUCGAACAUCGCGGGGCUGCCGCCGCAGCACGGGCUGUACGGCUCGUUCCUGGGCUGCUUCAUCUACAUCGUGCUGGGCGGGUGCCGCGCCGUGCCCGCCGGGCCCACCGCCAUCGCCUCGCUGCUCACGUGGCAGAUCGCCGAGGGCGUCAUCGAGAAGGCCAUCCUCCUCACGUUCCUCUCCGGACUGGUGAAACUCCUAAUGGGAGUUUUGGGUCUCGGCUUUUUGAUCAACUUCGUCUCGGGGCCCGUGUCGUCCGGCUUCACGUCCGCGGUGGCGCUCAUGAUCGCCACCUCCCAGGUCAAGGACCUGUUCGCCAUCACGGUCACCGGCGCCACCUUUCUGCAGCAGUGGAUAUCCAUCUUCAGCAACAUACACACUGCGUCACUGUGGGAUCCCGUUUUGGGCUUCAUUUGCAUAGCUCUGUUGCUGUCUAUGAGAAAAAUCGGUAUGAUAAAGUUAGGCGCCGGCGACGAGAACGGCCCCAGCACGCGGCAGAAGGCGCUCACCAAGAUCAUGUGGCUGCUGGGCACGUGCAGGAACGCGAUCGUGGUCGUGCUCAGCGGCGUGCUCGGCUUCUGGUUCGUCGCCACACACGGCGCCUCCCCGGUCCGCUUGAUGGCGGACAAUGUCCGAGGCGGUGCGAUCCCGUCGGGCGUGCCCACCCCGCGUCCGCCGCCCUUCAGCUACGAGCGCGCCGACAACUCCACGGCCGACUUCCUGGAGAUGGUGUCGGAGCUGGGCUCCGGUAUCAUCGUGAUCCCGCUGAUCGUGCUGCUCGAGGACAUCUCCAUCUGCAAAGCGUUCUCGGACGGGCGCACCGUGGACGCCACGCAGGAGAUGAUCGCCCUCGGCAUCGCCAACGUGGCCAACUCGUUCAUGCAGGCGUACCCGGGCGGCGGGUCGCUGGCGCGCUCGGUCGUCUCCAACGGGUCCGGGGUGAAGACCACCCUCAACGGGUUAUAUACAGGUUUGAUGGUGAUAAUGGCUCUGCAGUUCUUCACGCAGUAUUUCGAGUACAUCCCGAAGGCGGCCCUCGCCGCCGUCAUCAUAUCGGCCAUUCUCUUCAUGGUCGAGUACAACGUCAUCAAGCCCAUGUGGCGCGCCAAAAAACUGGACCUGAUACCUGGAAUCGGCACUUUUAUCUUGUGCCUGACACUGCCGCUGGAGCUGGGCAUCCUCACCGGUAUCGUGGUGAACAUUAUCUUCAUCCUGUACCACGCGGCGCGUCCUAAAUUCACAGUGGAAAUGCUGAAGACGGAGGGUGGCGUGGAGUACCUGAUGAUAACGCCGGACCGGUGCCUGAUGUUCCCGUCGGUGGACUACGUGCGGCGGCUGGUGACCAAGUGCGCGGCGAGCAGCUCGGUGCCGGUGGUGAUGGAGUGCACGCACAUCUACAGCGCCGACUACACCGCCGCCAAGAGCAUCGAGCAGCUCACGGCCGACUUCCACGCGCGCCGCCAGCCGCUCUACUUCUACAACGUGAAGCCCUCCGUGUGCUCCAUCUUCGAGGCGGUCGCCAAGCCCGAGCACUUCGUCGUGUUCUACGAGGACGAGGAGCUGGACCGGCUGCUGGCCGCCGACGAGCGCCUCGAGCCGCGCAAGCUGCCGCCGCCCUCCGCCCCCUCCGCCCCCACCGCCCCCACCGCCCCCACCACCCCCACCACCCUCGCCGAGCCCUGA